GCCUUUGACCCCGUUACUGGGGGGUAAGGGAGAGGGGGAGCUGAGGGGUUCCCCCAGCAGAGAAAGCUCAGAACCAAACCAGAGAUGUUUCUGCUCAGGGCAGGUUUUGUGCACAAGAGUAGUUUGCACUUGCAGGGUGACCCAGGCUCACAAGCCAAGAGUGGAGGUCCUCUCACCCGCCGCCCCACAGACCCCCUGUACAGUCGGUGUUAGUGGAGCAGCGGGUUUUUCUAAGGACUACCCGCUUUGGGAAAUGCCCAGGAUGAGAUGAGAAGUCAAUGCGAAGAACAGGAGGCUCUGGGAGCUCUGAAAUGAGGGUCUGUGCAGGAGCCGUCCUAGACCGGCAGUUGGACAAGAGCUACUCCAGUCAGCUCCCUUGCUGUGGGGAUUCCACAUGCGGCUCCAUUGGGGGUUAUGGACAGGAAUCUGUAGGGCUUUGAAAUUGUUUGGAUUAACAGAGCUGCAUAAAUAUUCUUAAUGUUGCCAUUUAACUUUUUCUGUGAGACCUGGGAAAAGGAUGUAGCUGACAGCAUUUCUGAAGGCUUUGCUGUGCAUGGGAGUGUUGUUUAAAAGAAAUACCAUAAAAAUGAAAACAUUUCAGAAUGGUUUUGACCUCCUGAGGCAUGAAAUAAGGACUUGGUUGCUUUUCACCUGUUGGUCAUCCAUAAUUUAGUUGUUUCUCUUAGGAUUCACCUUCUAGGGUAGUCUUCUGCUAUUACAAGUUUUCCCCGACCUCAGUCUGCAUAGUGUCACAUUUUUAAUGUCAUGCAUAGAAAUAGCCCUCUGACAUUGUUUAAGUUUUUGCACCAGUUAUGUCAUAUCGAGUUCAGACUUAGAUUUGUGCCGGGCUACUGCUUUGUAUAAGAUAAUGGUAGAACAUACCUGCUGCUUUGUGUUGGUCACCCAGAUGUUGAAGGUAUAAAGCAAAUGGAGCAUUAAGACCAGAGAAAGCUGAAGUUUUCUGAAUUUUACAGAAUCAUCUACAUGCUGCAGGUCACAUCUGUGUUCUUAAAGAUGCUUUCAUGUAUGAAAGUCAAACUGAAAUAGCAAGCCUAACCUCCACAGACAAGUUUGAUGGAGCCCUGGCUAUUCAUCUUUACAAAGGAGGCAGACUUCUGCAAGGUAGCAGAAUUCCUUUUGGAAUCAUCUUUGGUGGGACAGAUGUAAAUGAAGAUGUCAAAUGUGAAGAGAAACAUCGGGUAAUGGGAGCAGUGCUGGAAGAAGCCAGGUUUGCAGUGGCUUUCACGGUGAAAAUGAAGGAACUGGCAGCAGCAGAGUGGCCAGAUGCUAGGAAGAAAAUAUAUGUCCAGACUCAAGGAAUUAAGACUACACCCAAGGAAACAUUUGACUGGUAUAGGUUUCUACAAAAUGCAGGUAUUCCUACAGAUACAGGCAGUUUACAUGUGUUUCUUUUGAUAUGUGGACUUCGAAGAGUCAAAGACCCUCUGUAUUUAGUAGAUGUAUUUUCAGACUGGCACAGAAAGGAACCCAGCGUCCAUCUGGGCAUAAUUGGACCUGCAGUUGAUCCCCUUUUUACCAGUGAAGUUAAGGAAAAAAUUAAAAGGGCACCUGGAGUACAUUUGUUACAGGAGAUGCCCCAAGAUGAUCUUCAUGCUGCUAUGAAAAGGUGCUUUGCUGUGGUGAACAGCUCCAUUUCAGAGGGGAUGUCUGCUGCAAUUCUGGAGGCAAUGGAUUUAAAUAUUCCAGUGCUGGCAAGGAACAUUCCUGGGAAUGCAGCAAUAAUAAAACAUAAGGAAACAGGACUGCUAUUUUCAAAUCCUCAGGAGUUUGUUGUGCUGUCCAAGAGUUUGAUGAACGACCCCAUUAUGGAAAAAGAAAUUGUAACAAGAGCCAAAGACUACAUGAAGAAACAUCAUUCAUGGGAAAGUGAAAGAAAAGCCUACGAGAACCUUGUCCUAAGACUCCAGUGAACUGCAAGACCACAGUUGAUACCCACCAGUCUAUAUAAAGCACUAUACUGGAGGAUGUGCGAUUAGAUUUGGGUUUCCAUUGGUUUCUUUUUUUAAGAGAUAGUAAGACAUGCAUUAAUAUUCUGUUCAGACAUACCAACGUCACAGGAGUUGUCUGCUAUUCAAACUCAAAUUUAUCUAAUUCAGCACACUGUCUCUAGUGUACCAGUUCAUCACAGACCAGUAUCAUUUUGUAAGAUCACAUAGGAGAAAUAUACUCUUUGAGCACAGCUUUUUUUAUUGUUGUAAGGCCUCAGAGGGAGGAUUUCUUGUACACAGUGGAGCACACCACCACAUAGAGCCCACAUGAACGUUCUGAUCAUACCGCAUCCUAACCAAACUGCAGCAUCAGUUUUCUUUCCAAUUAUACCAAUCUGUAUGUAUUCAGGUACAUGUGACAUGCACAUAUAUGUUCAGAAAGCCAAGAUUAGUUAUAUAAGCAGAGUAUAAAAUUAAUAGGAUGAAAGCUUUCUGAAGACUGAAAGAUCAACAUAUCUGUUGACUGUGUAAUGAUCUGCAGUCAUAUAAUGACUGCAUAAUUGCCAAAAAGCAACGGAGUGUUGCUGCUUGAGGAGAAUGAGGAGUAUAGGGCGUGUUUUGUACUGCCCUCUGAGUACCCGAACUGCUCUCAGGUGAGCUGAUGUGACCAAACUAUCCUAUGCCUGCCUUUUCUCUUGGGACCAGAACAGGAAGGCUGGCACAGCACCUGCAGCCAUACAUGGCUUCAAAAUCCAGAACUGCACAGCACUGCCUACAGCAGCAAGACGUGCUCGCAGAGAGAUGCUUUGUUACAUGAACUACCUCUUAGUUUACCAGUUUCUUUGGUACCUCUGUGAUUCACUUAUUUACUAAAAAGAUUUAUAAGAGCUGUGAAAAGGGAAUGGGGGUGUGUGUGUGCGUGUAUUUUCAAUUUACUAUGUAUUUUGGUACUGUUUGUUCUCAUCUGUGGCUUUCAGGAUAUACUGCAAUAUACUGUAGCAGGCUGUUUUAAAGUGAGACUUACCUGUGUUUGAAGUCCAUACUAAUCAUUGCUGCCAGCCCAGUGCUUCUGGACAGAUCUUUGAAUCCAUAAUUGGUCAAAGAAGUUACUUAUAUUUAUAGAAAACAAACAAAAACGGUCAUAUUUUUAACCACUUGUUAUUAGGAAAUUAUUUGCUUUGUAUAGGCUUGAUCCUGCCCCCAAUGAGAACCAGUGACAUGUUUACUAUUGAUGUAAUGGCUGUUUUGUCAGACUUUUCUUUGUAAUAAUGAAGUCUGCUGUGUAGUUUAAGCUUUACUCUUUAUUUCUGAUGUUUUGCUACUGUUGGGACAGUAAACAAGAAAGCAGUUUGAAUGUCAUACAUUGACUUCUUCAGAAUCUCUCCCACCUUUUAUUGCAACAGGCUUCUGCUCAGCAUUGCCUUCAGUAACACAGUCCUGAAGGGCAAAUCUGGCCUGGUUUGAAAUCCAAGCAUUGCUACAUUCCCUUUUGAGCACAAUUUUCUUAAAUAUUUCUGGCAUAUCCUUUGGCAUGCUGGGAUGUAAGUACCUCUGUGCUAGUUCUCAGUUUAAAAACCACCAGCCAACAUCUACCACUGAAUAAUUGCUAAACCUGCAGCUAAAUCAGCCUAUUGGGUUUUCCCUGCUGUCUCAGGAGGAGCCAUGUUUCUUUGGACAUGUCCAUUACCAGUGAGUAGUGAGGCCUCUUGUGGGAUGGCAGUGUCUCAGCUGGCCAAUAUAUACUGAAGGAUGAACCCAAACAAUACGGAUUUUCGGCAUGAUGUAUGUGGUACGGAACUGUUUAGGCAAUAAAAAAAUCAAAACCCCAUCUAGAGCCAACUGAGCCGACUGCAGAGUCCUGUUCCUCUCAAAACGUCUCCUCUCAGAAGAUAUCCGCCACUAUAUCUCGGAUACUGGCUUUGAUCCUUAGCCCACUUCCACCCAGAAGCCAACCAAGUAUUGGCUGUCUUCUGAGAACUACAGAUCAUUGAAAAAACCCCCCAAACAAGUACAUAAUGUGUAAUAGAAGUCUAAGCAUUGAGCUAAUGGUAAAUUAUUAGUCAUAGUAAUGAUUAGAAAGCUUUUUCUAAAGCAUGAUACAUUUAUAACCAAGCUUCAAGCAAUUCAAUACAUUGAUCUGGAAUUUGUGCUAUUUCCAGCAAAACAAAACAUGUUCAAGUGAGAAAUUCUGCUACACCCUCAGAAUGUAAUUAACAUAUGAUUUUUCAGGCUGUAUUUAAUCUAUAAAUACAAAAGCUGCAUCUGGGAAACAGCAUGCUCAUUUGCAUGUGAUAACCAUACCAGAAGCACAAACAACCCUUCUGCAAUAUAUGCAUUAAGGAAAAAAAAAAUAAUAGAAAACAACCAAAAUAGUGGUGAGCUCAGCCCUCAGGACUGUUUCAUAGUCAUCAAACGAGGCAGCGUUCAUCAAUCAAGGACAUUCAGCUUUGAUAUCAUUUAUCACUGGGCUUGUGUUCUGCAACAUGAAGCCUGUCUAUUAAGGCUAAGAGGUUGGGGCAACAACUGCUAGGGAAUUUCAUUGCAAUAAAUUGCUAUUGAAUUUAUGUUUUAAAUUUCAUCCACUCUUAUGUGCCAGGUCCAUAAAUAUUCAAUGAGAUUUGCAAGUCCUUGUAAAGAAAAUAUUAGACCCAUGCAAGCAAUUUUAGGUAUAUCUUUCAAGCAACUUCACUCAAAUGGUUUUAUAUAUAAGAAUAAUCCUUUUAUUGUCCUGCAGCCCUAAUUAUGGUAUUUUUCCUCCCCCUUCAAAGCCCCAUUUCUUACCCUAGCAGCUUUUUAAGCAAGGCACAGCUCGAUGAGCUACAGAUCCAAAAAUAGCACUUGGUCUGUUUGCAGGAAAAACCUGCAUUGUGCAUUUACCCCGUGGCUAAUUCUGUAUUUCAGGACCUUGAAAUGUAAUGUUAAUUAAUCCAAUUACAUGCAUUUUAUUUUGCAAUUAAUUCUGCCAUUGAAUUCACAGGAACUGAAUGAAAGCAGUGGACCUGUACAAUGGGUACUACUAUGCUGUUCCCUUUCUUGGCACAAGUACUUCAGAAGUGGAAACAAUUUGGUACUGUGUGGCAAAACCUAGCUAGAGUUUUAGUUCCUGUGGAGUGUGGAACUACAGCUUCCUGAAGUGGGAUUUCAUUUUAAUUAGCCCCAAAGCAGACAUAUUCCAGUUUUUGAAAGUCGUUUCUACAUUCCCAUUACAGCCAUAACCAGUGUGUGUGUUGGUAAUACUGAUUCUGAGUUAAGUCUUCCCAUUUCUGUCUGCUCCCAGGCAAAAAGUUGCUGUUGGCUUAAACCAGCAAGGGUUUACCAGCUACCAGCUCUGCAGCCUUGGCUCUGCUGUUCUCCCCUCCUUGGCUUCUGCACUAACAGGCAACUGCUCUUGCCCGUUACAGGGGGCCUUGGUGGGAAGCAAAGGGCACCGGAGGAAGGAACCUGAGUAUGACCAUGGCUGUGAGGAUAUUACUCUUUCAAUUUUCUAGAAAAGACUGUAUCAGAGCAGACUGAACUCCAAAAAUAAUUAAAAUGACAUGGCACUUAGAGCAUCAAAUUUUAAAUUCAGCUUUGAACACAACAAAAGUUGACUUACCACAGUUACGGGGGCGCCAAGGUGUGCAGGACUCCUCCAUGUUCAGCCAUGGUCACUUUGCUAGCUUGGCUCCGUCAACAGCUUAACUUCAGCCCUUUGGGAUGCCACCUGCAAUCUGACACUGACCAUUGUGACUUCAAGUUCCAACAGAACCUCAGUGCUCCAAACCAGCAAAGGCGGUUGCUUGGUGAUCUCAGGGAAAUUAGUUUUGAUACUUUGCUAUUAACUUUCUUGACAUAUCAGGACUUAAAACAACUGUCAAAAGAAAAUGUUAAAUUAUAUAUUGGCAGAUUUCAAAGUAUUUCUGCUUCUUCUGCAAAUCAUUUACCAUCAACUCUGCCUGAGCAUUAAGCAAUCCAAACAGCUGCAAAUGCUACCUUUAUGUUUAAUGAAUGCACAAGUACUUCAGUUAGCUGUUUUCAAUGUAUUUUCUCCUGUCUGUUGGGCUCAUAACCCAUUCUGUCCCUUUCUUCCCUCAGUCUUUUUAAUCCUUUGGUCAACAACCAUUCCACAUGGAAAUAAAGGAACAGUUUUGUCAAACAGCCUUUGACAAAAGGCUUGUCAGAGGAGAUGGGUGCUUCCAUGUGGAAAUCAA